ACGUCAUCCCUCAUAUAUGGGUCGAUUGCUGAUAAGGAUAGCGUGGAAGGACAUUCGUGUGCGACCAAGUUUCGGAAAAGAAGGAACUGCAUCGAACUCCGGACGACUCGACGCUCACGCCACGGAACAUCUACCAACAAUAAUAUCAACGGAAGUCGCAUUAUCACCGCAAUCAUGUUGGGCCGCCAGAACUCAGUCAACUCGACACUCUCGAGGUCAAGCUCGGGAAUCGUUGUACCAAACAUGAACAAGACCGUCCGACCUGGCAUGGAGCGCGCACCCACAAGCAUGGCACUGAACAAGCCACUUUCCAGGCUACGACUCGAUGGCCAGGUUGCUCUUAUCUUUGGCGGAGCCGGAAAGAUCGGUAUCGAGACCGCAGGGCGAUUGCUCGUUGAAGGCGCAACUGUUGCCAUUGUCGACAUUGACCAGCCAGCACUCGAGGGCGCUAUCCCGGUUCUGAGAGCUGCUUUACCAACUGGUGUGCCCAUCGAAUCCCGACUCCUCACCAUUGCUGCAGAUGCGACAAUAGAAGAGGAUGUCGAGGCUUGUGUAAAGAAGACGCUGCAAAGGUUCGACCGACUGGACAUUGCCCUUCUGAACGCCGGUGUACGAGACGAGGCAAAGAGUUUGUUCGACCAGACGGAGGAGGACUACGAUCACGUCAUGUCCGUUAACGUCAAGUCAGCGUUCUUGUGCGUCAAGCACGUUGCGGCAGCAAUGCGUGUCCUUGGAAACGGCGGCUCAAUCAUCUUCAGGUCCUCCAUUGCCGGUCUCCGUGGAUUCCCCGAUCAAGCUGUCUACUCAACUUCGCGUUUUGCUGUCCGCGGUCUCGCGCUAUCCGCUGCCGAGGAACUAGGCCAGUUCAACAUCCGUGUCAACACCAUCCACACCAGCAUCAUCGCCACUCCUGGCUACAAGGAAGGCUGGAGCCCCGAAAACCUUGCAGAAGUCAAGGAAGACACCAACCUCCCACGCUUGGGUCAGCCCGACGACGUGGCGAGCGUAGUCGCGUUCUUGGCCAGCGACGACUCAAGAUUCAUGACCGGAGGCUGCUUGAAGAUUGACGGUGGGUGCGUGAGCUACUAAGAGGAUGUAGUUUUGCGAGAGUUGUUUUCUUCUACGCAUUGAUGGAGUUUAGGACAUGCAUUGCAUGGGGUUCGCAUCUGGCAACACUGCAGAUUGCCAUGGACCAUAGACUUAGACGAUAGACAUGACACGCACUUUAGCAUGCAUUCAAUUAUUCGACACCUAGGCAGUGUCGCAAACAG